AUGCUGUGGAAGUGGAGGAUCCUGUUCUCGCACAUGUGCAGCAGCAGCAGCAGCCUCCUCCUGCUCUGGAUCCUCGUCGGCUUGAACGUGGUGGAGGUGACGGGGUCCCAGCAAGGGAUCCCUCUGUCUGUCGUAAAACUCUGGGCUUCAGCAUUUGGUGGAGAAAUUAAAUCCAUUUCUGCAAAAUAUUCUGGAUCCCAGCUGCUGCAAAAGGAGCUGUGGGCAAUCACAGCGCCGCGUCCGGGGACCAACUCCAGCUCUGAGGCCGGCGCCACAGUCAAGGGCAGCAGCAGGAUUAACUCUAAAAACGCUGCAUGUCCUGGAGCGUGGGACGAGAGCGGAGGAACCACCAGAGGAAGUCCACGCAAAUAUGGGGAGAGCAUUCAGACUGCGUUCAGGAAGCGGCUCCUGGGUCCAAACCUGGGACCUCCUUGCCCUGAGAAAUAUAAAGAACCCGAAAAGUCAGUCAGAGUGGAAGAAAUUGAUGGUGUGAAACUGGUCAAAAACCUGGCUGUGAAGAUGGAGGAAGUGUUUCGGAAAAAAGCAGAGGCCACCAGGCGGCUGGUGGAGGCAGCAGAGGAAGCGCACCAUCAGCAUGAGGAUAAUCCCGACCUGCAGCAACACCCCACCACCACCCCGCCCGCCCUGCCGCAGCUCGUCAGAGAGCUGCUCAGGCGUGGUAUGAGCUGUCAGGGGCUGCUUGAUGGUGAUGCCCGCGCGGCCUCCCCCGAGUUACGGUACUUCAACGCCGUGCUGAUCAAUGAAGUGGAUGAGGAGGGCAAUAACGUAGAGCUGGGAGGAGAGUUCCUCCUGGAGCCCAACGACCACUUCAAUAACCUGUCCGUCAACCUGAGCCUCAGCGUGGUGCAGGUACCCACCAACAUGUACAACAAAGACCCCGACAUAGUGAACGGAGUUUACUGGUCCGAGGCACUGAAUAAAGUGUUUGUAGAUAAUUUUGAAAGAGACCCAACACUAAUCUGGCAGUACUUUGGGAGCGCCAAGGGUUUCUUCAGGCAGUACCCUGGAGUAAAGUGGCAUCCAGAUGAACAUGGCGUCAUUGGCUUUGACUGCAGAAACAGGAAGUGGUACAUUCAGGCAGCUACGUCUCCUAAAGAUGUUGUUAUCUUGGUUGACGUCAGUGGAAGCAUGAAAGGACUGAGGCUGACCAUCGCCAGGCAGACUGUCUCCUCCAUAUUAGACACACUCGGAGAUGACGACUUCUUCAACAUCAUUGCAUAUAAUCAGGAGAUCCACUAUGUGGAGCCUUGUUUGAACGGCACGCUGGUCCGAGCCGACAGAACCAAUAAAGAUCAUUUCCGCGAACAUCUGGACAAGCUGUUUGCCAAAGGGAUCGGGCUGCUGGGUGAUGCUCUGGCCGAAGCGUUUACAAUCCUAAAUGAUUUUAAUCACACUGGACAUGGCAGUUUGUGCAGCCAGGCUAUUAUGCUCGUGACUGAUGGAGCGACUGAAAUGUAUGACGACGUUUUUGAGAAGUACAAUUGGCCAGAGAGAAAGGUGCGCAUAUUCCCGUACCUGAUUGGACGAGAGUCUGCUUUCGCUGAUAACCUCAAAUGGAUGGCUUGUGCCAACAAAGGAUAUUUCACUCAGAUCUCCACCUUAGCAGACGUUCAGGAGAACGUGAUGAGGUAUCUUCAUGUCAUGAGCCGGCCGAAGGUCAUUGACCACGAGCACGACACCGUGUGGACUGAAGCUUACGUGGACAGUGCUCUUUCUCAGGCUCAUAAGCUGAAUGAUAAAGCGGGCCCAAGUCUGAUGACUACAGUCGCCAUGCCUGUCUUCAGCACAAAGAAUGAAACGAAGAACCAGGGUAUUCUGUUGGGGGUCGUAGGAACAGACAUCCCUCUGCAGGAGCUGAUGAAGCUCAUCCCUAAACAUAUGUUAGGAAUCCAUGGCUACGCAUUCGCUAUCACAAACAACGGCUACAUUCUGACACACCCGGACCUCAGGCCUUUGUAUCAGGAUGGACAGAAGAGGAGGAAGCCCAACUACAGCAGCGUCGAUCUCUCUGAGGUGGAGUGGGAGGACAAGGACGAUGCCCUGCGUAACGCUAUGGUGAACAGGAGGACGGGGACUUUCUCCAUGGAGGUGAAGAAGACAGUGGAUAGAGGGAGGCGUGUCCUGAAGAUGCACAAUGACUAUUACUACACUGACAUCAAAGGAACACCAUUCAGUGUCGGAGUGGCUCUCUCCAGAGGUCACGGAAAGUACUUCUUCAGAGGAAAUGUAUCAGUCGAGGCCGGGCUCCGUGAUCUGGAACAGCCAGAUGUCGCCCUGGCAGAUGAAUGGACUUAUUGCAACACAGAGGAGCAGCACGAGCACCGUCACCUGACCCAGAUUCAAGCCAUCAAGCUCUUCAUGACGGGCCACAGACCACACCUCAAAUGUGACAGAGAGCUGAUCCAGGAGGUGUUAUUUGAUGCUGUGGUCACCGCUCCACUGGAGGCCUACUGGACCGGACUGGCCCUCAACAAGUCAGAGAACUCGGACAAAGGAGUGGAGAUUGCUUUCCUGGGUACACGCACCGGCCUGUCGAGGACCAACCUGUUUGUGCCCGCCGAUCAGCUCUCCAAUCAAGAUUUCCUGACAGCGGAGGACAAGGAGGGUGUAUUUAAUGCUGAUCACUUCCCUCUGUGGUACAAGAGAGCUGCAGAGCAGGUCCCCGGCACAUUUGUCUACUCCAUCCCCUUCAGCACAGCUUUAGAAAAUAAGAGCGUGGUUUUGGCCAGUACAGCAAUUCAGCUACUCGAUGACAGAAAGUCUCCAAUAGUUGCAGCUGUAGGGAUCCAGAUGAAGCUCGAGUUCUUUCAGAGGAAGUUCUGGACCGCCUGCAGACAGUGUACGGCUCUGGAUGGAAAAUGUAGCAUUAGCUGUGAUAACGCGGAUAUAAACUGUUAUCUCAUUGACAACAAUGGCUUCAUUCUUGUCACAGAGGAGCAAUCCCAGACAGGGCUCUUCUUUGGAGAGGUGGAAGGUGCUGUUAUGAGCAAACUUCUUCAAAUGGGCUCCUUCAAAAGGAUCACGCUGUACGAUUACCAGGCCCUCUGCAGAGAGUACUCUGGGAGCAGCGACAGUGCACGCACUCUGUCAGAUCCCUUCACUGUCAUUAAGUGGCUCCUGACUGAACUUGUCAUUUUCCUGCUAGAAUUUAACCUGUACAGCUGGUGGAACGUGGAUCUCUCCGUCAAAGCUCAGAGAUCUCGGGGUAAAACGACGAUGGUGCCAUGUGAUACAGAGUACCCUGCUUUCGUCUCUGAACGCACCAUCAAAGAAACAACGGGCAACAUUGACUGUGAUGGCUGUGUCAGAUCUUUUGUCAUACAGCAGAUUCCCAGCAGCAACCUCUUCAUGGUUGUUGUGGACAAUAAGUGUGACUGCAGCAGUUCUCCUCCAGUAACCAUGGAUCCCAUCGAGAUCAUGUACAACGAGUCUCUAAAGUGCGACAGACUGAAGUUUCAGAAGGACAGAAAGAAGCCUGAAUCAUGUCAUCCAUUCCACCCUGAGGAAAAUGCCAUGGAGUGUGGUUCAGCAACGUGCCUCUACGGUCCCCUAACAGCAGCUCUGCUCCCUCUGAUAGCAGCGACCAUCAGCAGGUGACCGACAGCAGCAGAACUGAAGGAUCAGUAAGGACUAUAUCAACAAGAAGAUACGUAUAAACACAUAGA